GUACCAACUCAGCAUCUUCUACUUUGGCAUAGAGUAGAUUAGAGUGGUGAUUGCAGUUUCCUUCUCCCCGUCAUGAUCCUCCGCUACAACGCCUCGCCCCCAUGAACAUGGACUCCCACCUUGGCUCCAUGAAGCUUGGUCCCGCUUUCCAUCAUCCAGCAAUCAUCGCCAAUCCUUCCUCGUUUCGUCGCCCACGGAAUGAGGAUUCCCACCCGGGCUGCCAGAGAAAUGGAAGACCACAUCAUGCCGAUGCUAAGGAGCUGCCCCUGUUUCGCGGAACUGAAGAGAGUCCACGCUCGCGUUGUGGUCUCUGCCCUCUCCCAAAGUUGCUACCUUGCGACUCAGAUCAUAAGCGUUUGCAGUGCCGGUGGAAGGUUGGAAUACGCCGCUCUGGUCUUCGACCAUGUCGAGGAACCGAAUGCGUUCUUGUACAAUGAAAUGAUCAGAAGUUACGCCAAGAACAGCCAUUUCCUCGAAGCGGUCGGCCUGUACAAGCAAAUGGUGCGGCAGGAUCACGUCUUUGCGGAUGGGUUCACCUAUCCUUUUGUGAUCAAGGCCUGCGCUGGGCUGCCGGUGCUUCAUCUCGGAAGGCAAGUUCACGCCCGUGUUUCCAAGUCUGGGUUGGGCUCCAAUUCUAUCAUCCAGAACUCGUUGAUAGAGAUGUACACCAAAUGUGACGAUUUGGUCGAUGCACACUGCUUGUUCGACGAAAUGGCGGAGAGAGAUGUGAUUUCGUGGAACAUGAUGAUCACGGCACAUGCUAGAUCGGGGCAGAUGAGGAAAGCUCGAGCUCUGUUCGACACAAUGCCCAAAAGAUCGGUGGUCUCUUGGACCGCGUUGAUCUCUGGUUACACCUCCAGCGGCUGCUACUCCGACGCCAUUAAGGUGUUUCAUAGGAUGCAGUCGGAAGGGUUAGAGCCCGACGACAUCAGCAUCGUGUCGGUGUUGCCGGCAUGCGCUCACCUGGGAGCUCUGGAGCUGGGCAAGUGGAUACACGCCUUCUGUAACAAGCGCAAGUUGCUCGAGAAGACCUUCAUCUGCAAUGCUCUCAUGGAGAUGUACGCUAAAUGCGGCAGCAUCGACCAAGCCCAUCAGCUGUUCGGGGAUAUGCGCGAUAGGGAUGUGAUAUCGUGGAGCACGAUGAUCGGCGGGCUCGCAACGCACGGGAGGGCACUUGAUGCGAUCAAGCUGUUCGUGGAAAUGGAGGAGGAGAAGGGUAAGAGGGUGAGGCCAAAUUGCAUCACAUUUCUCGGACUCCUAUCCGCCUGCUCUCAUGCCGGGCUGGUAGACGAGGGGCUGUGGUACUUUGAAUCGAUGAAGAAGGUUUACGGUCUCGAUCCAGACAUCGAGCACUACGGUUGCAUGGUGCAUCUCCUUAGUCGAGCAGGCUGCAUCCGUCGCGCGGUGGAGCUCGUCGAUGGGAUGCCGUUCCCACCGGAUGUCAGCAUCUGGGGGUCUUUGCUCUGUGCUUGUAGAAUCCAUGGCGACGUGGAAACGGCUGUGAAGGCGACAGAGCGACUUCUUGAGCUCGAGCCAGAGGACACCGGCAACUACGUGAUGCUGUCGAACAUCUACGCUGCUGCCGGGAGGUGGGAUGGUGUGGCCAAGAUGAGGAAACUGGUGAGGAGUAGGAAGAUGAAGAAGACGCCAGGGUGCAGCUCGAUUGAGGUGGACAAUGCUGUUCACGAAUUUAUUGCUGGAGAUGAAACAAAUCCACAUUUUGUUGACAUAUGUCGGAUGCUUGACCUGUUGGCAUCGGAGCUCACGAGAUCUCCAAGAUCAACAGCAGAACGGACGAGCUCUGUAGAUUUGUGUCAAGAAGAAGAAGAAGAAGAAGAAGUUUUUUAUAGCUGAACAUAGUACUCAGAAAGGUGAAGCUACAAUAGUCUUGGAGCAAAUUUAACUGGUCAGAGACCACAUAUCAAGUGUUCUUCAGAAGGAACACUUUCUGCAUCAAAGUCCAAAAGGGUGUGAGAGAUAAUGUUCUAAUGUUUGAUCAGUUGUUCAGAAAAAGGGUGGGAGUCUUUGAUGGUAAUGGUAGUCAUCUGAACAAACAAUCUAUAUCUAGACAUAGAAAAACAAUAUGUGAUAGGAACUGCAUUUAUACAGUAGGAAGAUUUAUAUAUCU